UAUAAGAGGAACCCUACCAUGCUCACAUGCUCUCAUCAUCCCAUCUCUUCUCCCUCCCCCCUCUUCUUCUCCUGCUACCUAGUCUUUGGCCGGCCAACGCCAAGAACUCUUCUUCUGCUGGUUCUUGCGUGCAUUGCGAUGAUGGCCAUGAGCUACUUCCGGGCGCCGAGACGGCUCUACGGGAGGAAGCAGCACCAGCAGCAGAAGCGGGAGAGUGCAGCCCUGCUGGUGGACGAGGACGGCGGCGACGACCAAGGCGAGGCGGCGGCGGCGGCGGGCGCGGUGCCCAAGGGCUACUUCGCCGUGUACGUGGGCGCCGAGUCCCGGCGGUUCGUGGUGCCCACGAGCUACCUCAGCGAGCCGGCGUUCCGGGAGCUCAUGGAGCGCGCCGCGGAGGAGUUCGGCUUCAACCAGGCCGGCGGCCUCCGCAUCCCCUGCCGCGAGGAGGACUUCCAGGCCACCGUCGCCGCUCUCGAGCAGUCCAGGCGUCGCGGCGCCGGCUGGGCGCGAGGGUCGGCCGCCGGAACAACGCGAUGGGCUCGUGCCAGCUAGCGUAGGAGUAGGAGGCUGGAGCUCGAUCAUCUUGGCAUGUAGGAGAUGAGAUCAUUCUUCAGAUUGCAGAAGAUGCAUGCAGCAUAUGGAAUUAUGGAUCGGAAAAGAAAUUCUUCACAGAUUGCAGAAGAUGCAGGCAUGUGGAAGACAGACUAUUGUUUGGUUUUUUGAUAAUAUAAAUAGCAAAGUUGAUGGAUCGAUACGAGCUGUGUAGAGAGAUAGACUUAAUAAAUGGGAUGAGUAGUGGUGGGUGUACCCUACAAAUUCUGUGUAAACUGACAUGAAGAUGAAAAAGGAAGAUAUAUUUGAUCA